UCAUCAUCAUCAUCAUCCUCGUACGCGAGCCACGACCCGCCGGACCUUCUGACCAUGAAAUCUUCAAUUCUCCUUCUCAUGCUUCAAAUAAUUCUUCACUGCCAGUGCUCAGAAAACCUGUCCCUGACCGAUCUCCUGGAGCGAUAUUGUGAAGCCAUAUCUGCGGUCUACAACAACACAGGUCCCUUCUGCAGUGCCAGCAUCGAUCAGAUAGGAACGUGUUGGCCUCGGAGCUUGGCCGGGGAACUCGUGGAGAGACCCUGUCCCGAUUCAUUCAAUGGGAUCAGAUACAACACCACAAGGAGCGUUUACAGAGAGUGUUUUGAGAACGGAACCUGGGCGUCCUGGAUGAAUUACUCCCAGUGUGUGCCCAUCCUGGAUAAUAAGAGGAAGUAUGCAUUGCAUUACAAGAUUGCACUUAUUAUCAACUACCUGGGGCACUGUAUAUCGGUACUCGCGCUUAUCAUCGCCUUCUUACUUUUCUUGUGUUUAAGGAGCAUAAGAUGCCUUCGAAAUAUCAUCCAUUGGAACCUUAUUACUACGUUUAUUCUAAGGAAUUUAAUGUGGUUUCUGCUUCAAAUGAUUGACCAUAACAUUCAUGAAAGUAACGAGAUCUGGUGUCGUUGCAUCACAACCAUUUACAAUUACUUUGUGGUGACCAACUUCUUCUGGAUGUUCGUGGAAGGCUGCUACCUACACACCGCCAUAGUGAUGACCUACUCGACGGACAAGCUGCGCAAAUGGGUGUUCCUGUUCAUAGGAUGGUGUAUUCCGUGUCCGAUAAUUAUUGCUUGGGCUAUCGGAAAACUCUGCUAUGAAAAUGAACAGUGCUGGAUUGGAAAGGAACCAGGAAAAUACAUUGAUUACAUUUACCAAGGACCUGUCAUCCUUGUACUACUUAUAAAUUUUGUUUUUUUAUUCAAUAUUGUAAGAAUUUUAAUGACAAAAUUAAGAGCAUCAACAACAUCAGAAACUAUACAAUAUAGGAAAGCUGUUAAGGCCACUCUGGUUCUCCUCCCUCUCCUAGGAAUCACCUACAUGCUCUUUUUUGUGAACCCCGGAGAAGAUGACGUCUCGCAGAUAGUUUUUAUUUAUUUCAACUCAUUCCUGCAGUCUUUUCAGGGUUUCUUUGUGUCGGUGUUUUAUUGCUUCCUGAAUGGGGAGGUGCGCUCGGCCGCCAGGAAGAGGUGGCAUCGCUGGCAGGAUCACCAUUCUCUGCGCGUCCGAGUAGCCCGGGCGAUGUCCAUCCCGACGUCCCCGACCCGAAUCAGCUUUCACAGCAUCAAGCAAACAGCGGCCGUGUGAUCUCUCUCUCCGCCGUCUCCCAGCCUGGGGCCGCGUGCCGGACGCGUUUCGCAUUUCCCGACGUGAACUUUUUGGAGACAAAACGAUGAAAUCUGAGGAUUCCGGAACUUGGUCUGUAUUUUAAGCACAAACUUUAGGACCCUGCGGUGGAAAAGCUAUUAUUUUUAUUUAAUUCUGC